GAUUGCUCUGGUCUCCACUCAAGUUCACGGAGAAACCGAGGUCUUUUCUCGUUGCACUAGAAGUUCUCAAUGAGUAAACAUUACCGUAUCACUCUCGUGAUUCAGUGCCUUUCAAGUUGAGUUCCCGUGCAGGCACAAUAUGAUAGUGCUAACGGUGCACAUGUUCAACCCAUGGGUCACUGAAGAAACUCUAGUGUGCUACCUCAGCCGGUACGUGACCAUAUUGCCAGGGGUGAGCGACAUUAAGGACGCCCUUGGCAUCUGAACAGGGAAGAGGCAGUUUCGUGUGCUGCUAAAGGAGGACGAGAGCGGCCAUGAUGGCUACCGCCAUCCUCCCGCUUCCUUUUCCAUCGGUGCAGACAGGGGCUACCUCAUGUAUGCUGGACAGACUCGUUUCUGCAGGAAGUGUAGCACGUACGGGCACCUCGCCGAUGCCUGCACCCAGACAAGGUGCAGAAACUGUGGGACUCUAGGCCAUAUAAUGAGUGAUUGCACCGUGCCCAAGCGCUGCAGUCUGUAACUCGGAGAACCACCUGUUCCGUCACUGCCCGAAGGCAGCCCCCUCUUAAGCCAGAGCGGUGAGCGGGAAAAGAGCAGAUGAGGGAGAAGGCAUGGAACUACGCGCUAUUGAGGAGGUUGUGGAUGAGCUGGUGAUGGAGAGAGAACUGCGAGAGUCUGAGGAGAGCGGGAGUGAGACGCCAUCAUCAUCUCACGAGGAGAGCGGAGAGACCGACAGGAGUUGGAACAACCAAGUGGAGGAGGAGAAGGGAGAGCCCGCCGCGCCCUCGGCUCCGGAGAGCUGGACAACGGUGAGAGAGAGGAGGAAGUGCUCGGUGAAAAGGAAGCAGAUGAGCCCUGUUUCCCCACUCAUCCGCAUGGAGGCGACUGAGAAGUCCGCCCUGGGCGGGAAUCGCUUCAGCUGCUUUGAAAGCGGGAAGUCUGAGGAGAAAAGCGAGGGAAACCCGCGCAGCGCAGAGGAGACUCUGCUUUCCCUGUCAGGCAGCUCCAUCGACAGCAGCGGUCUGGCACGAAGCGGUGUUCCAGCACCCACACAGAUGGAGGGGGAGCAUGAGGAGGAGGAAAGGGUUUUCCCGACCCCGAUCUUUGUGGACAGUCCUCCCGCUGGGGACCACCGUUUCCCGGAUAGGCCUCCUAACGAGGAACUGUAUUUAAAGGGCGUAACAUUAGCAGGAGACCACCAGGGACAUCUAUGAUCGGCUGACAGUCUUGGUUAAACCACAUGUAUUCUAAAGCAAUAU